CCGAUAUUUUAUUUUCCUGGUCAUAACUAAAAACUGUAUGAAAGAAUUGGAAAAAAAAAUGCCAAUCCUAUCUCUUCAUCUUCCUUCUCAUUCUCAUCUCAAAAUUCUCAACUCACAAACACAUAACAACAAUAACAACUACUUUAACCGUUUUAACGACCAACAACUCCACAAAGCAAUUUCAACACUAAACCUAACAGAAUCACAAACAACCACACAUAACAAACUAACAAACUCCUCACUUCUCCUCAAACAAUGCAUCCGAACCGGAAACACCCAACUCGGCAAACUCCUCCACCACAAACUCACCGAUUCACAACUCGUCCUCAACUCAAUCCUCCUCAACUCACUCAUCAGUCUUUACUCAAAAUCCAACGACCCACAAACAGCUCUUUCCAUUUUCAAAAACAUGGACAAAUCCAAAAGAAACAUUGUUUCAUAUAGUUCAAUGUUUUCUUGUUAUGCAAACAAUGGGUUUCCUUUAAAUGCACUUAAGAUGUUUGUUGAAUUGCUUAACCAAGAUGGGUUUUUUCCUAAUGAGUAUUGUUUUACUGGGUCGAUACGUGCGUGUUUGGAUUCGAGGUUUUUUGAAGUUGUUGAGUUUGUUUUGAAAAGUGGGUAUUUUGAUUCUCAUGUUUGUGUUGGUUGUGAAUUGAUUGAUAUGUUUGUUAAAGGUGGUGGUGAUUUGAUGUCUGCACGUAAGGUGUUUGAUAGAAUGCGUGAGAAGAAUGUUGUUACUUGGAAUUUGAUGAUUACUAGGUUGGCUCAAUUUGGGUUUUAUGGUGAUGCUAUUGAUUUGUUUUUGGUUAUGUUGGUGAGUAGUGGUUUUGUGCCGGGUAGGUUUACGUUAAAUAGUUUGAUAUCGGUUUGCGCUGAGAUUGAGUUUUUGCCGCUUGGGAAGGAAUUGCAUUCUUGGGUUAUUAGGUCUGGGUUGGCUUUGGAUUUGUGCGUCGGGUGUAGUUUGGUUGACAUGUAUGCAAAAUGUGGAUUAGUACAUGAGUCUAGGAAAGUGUUUGAUGGUAUGCCGGAUCAUAAUGUGAUGUCGUGGACCGCGCUUAUUAAUGGAUAUGUACGAGGCGGCGGUGGACAAGAACGGGAAGCUAUGAGAUUGUUUAGUGAUAUGUUGCUUCAGGGUUAUGUUGUGCCAAAUUGCUUCACAUUCUCUGGUGUUCUCAAGGCUUGUGCGAGUCUUCCUGAUUUUGGGUUUGGCGAACAGGUUCACGGUCAAACGAUUAAAUUAAGCCUUUCCGCAAUUGAUUGUGUAGGGAAUGGUCUUGUUAGUGUGUAUGCAAGGUCCGGGAGAAUGGAAUGUGCUCGUAAGUGUUUUGAUAUUUUGUUUGAUAAAAAUUUGGUUUCGAGAAGUGUGGUUGUUGAUGAUGCAAGUGUGGAAGAUUUGAGUUUUAAUUCUGAACAAGACCCGAACCGCAAAAUUGAAUACACUAGUAGUGGAGUUAGUUCGUUUACAUAUGCUAGCCUCUUGAGUGGUGCUGCUUGUAUUGGUACAAUUGGUAAGGGUGAACAAAUUCAUGCCAUGGUGGUGAAGAUGGGAUUUAGGACUGAUCUAAGUGUUAAUAAUGCUUUGAUAUCUAUGUAUUCCAAGUGUGGAAACAAAGAAGCUGCUUUACAAGUCUUUAAUGACAUGGAGGAUCGCAAUGUCAUAACUUGGACCUCUAUUAUAAAUGGUUUUGCAAAACAUGGUUUUGCUUCAAAAGCAUUAGAAUUGUUCUAUGAUAUGCUUGAAACAGGUGGGAAGCCUAAUGAUGUAACAUACAUUGCAGUUUUAUCGGCAUGUAGUCAUGUUGGUUUGAUUGAUGAGGCAUGGAAACAUUUCACUUCCAUGCGCGAUAACUAUGGAAUUGUUCCAAGGAUGGAGCAUUAUGCAUGUAUGGUCGAUUUGCUUGGUCGAUCUGGAUUACUUUCAGAAGCCAUUGAAUUUAUUAACUCCAUGCCUUUUGAUGCUGAUGCAUUGGUGUGGCGUACAUUUCUUGGUUCUUGUCGGGUUCAUCGGAACACUGAGCUUGGGGAAUAUGCUGCAAAAAUGAUUCUUCAACGGGAACCUCACGAUCCGGCUACCUAUAUAUUAUUGUCGAACUUAUAUGCAACAGAAGGGCGGUGGGACGAUGUAGCAGCCAUUAGAAAAAGCAUGAAACAGAAACAGAUAACAAAAGAAGCAGCUUCUAGUUGGAUUGAAAUUGAGAACCAGGUGUAUAAAUUCCAUGUAGGGGAUACUUUACACCCCAAGGCUCAACAAAUAUAUGAAAAACUUGAUGAAUUGGCUUUAAAAAUAAAGAACAUGGGUUAUGUCCCAAAUACAGAUUUUGUUCUUCAUGACGUGGAGGAUGAACAGAAGGAACAAUAUCUAUUUCAACACAGUGAGAAACUUGCAGUUGCAUUUGCUCUCAUUAGUACACCAAAUCCAAAACCUAUAAGGGUUUUUAAGAACCUUCGUGUUUGUGGCGAUUGCCAUAUGGCAAUAAAGUAUAUAUCAAUGGUCACCGGUAGAGAGAUUGUCAUGAGAGAUGCAAACCGGUUUCAUCACAUCAAGGAUGGUCUAUGCUCUUGCAAUGAUUAUUGGUAAUGCAUAUACAUCAAAGGGGUUUAAACUUCUUAGCCUGUAAAUUUUGUACAUUCACAUUCUUGUUGUUUAGACUAUUCAAAUGUUGUGAAUGUGUAAGCUCACCUUUAAAUUAUUAUGAAGCCUAGAGAGAGUUGAUCCUGAAAAGAGGAUACAAUGAUGUUGAAGCAGCUUUUUGAGUUUACAAUUUUAUAAUGCCUUCUGAAAGUAAAAUUUUAGACUAUUUACAUGUAUUUCACUGUAUAUGUAUAGAAAAUUUGCCCUGGAAGUUGAUUUGAAA